AUGUUUCAUCCCAGGGUAACGCGUCAGUUUUCCAAAAUAAAUGUACGUACAAUAAAGACAAGAUGGAUGAGAAUGGUGGCUGACGUGUGCCAAGAUCGUAUAGACUGUCGAGCCAGCAUUAUGUCUUAUAACGGGAUAGGUCUCAAAUCUGCAAAGGGUUCAUCCACGUCGGGCCACAUACAGAAAUCCUUGGCAAACAAUACCGCCAGGAUUAGUAAAUCGAAGGACAAGGGUAAUCAGACGAAAACUAACCCAAGAUUGGUUCAUCUUGAAAAGAUCCAAAAAGUGGAUGCCCUAGCAGAUAAGAAGGUACUAAGUAUCGUGUCACAUAUGACCAAGAGAGAAAUCGAAUUACGUGUCUCCGAAUUAAGAGAUAAACUGGAAGAUGAAGACAAGCUCACUGAUGAACAAAUUGAUGAAAAGUGCAAUACUCUGCGAAAGACCCUGGUGGAUGAGUCACAGGAACAACAACGGAUCUCAUCAAUAUACAAGAGUAGGACCACUCGAGAACAGAAAGAGGAAAUUAAGAAUAAAGAAUAG